GCGAUCACUGCCUGUAGAAACCUGUCAGCUGGUCCAGUGGGACGAAUGCAGUGAUUAAUGGAUGCCUGGGAGUUGAUGUACAUAUAUAUUCAGAAAUGUUUUGCCACCUGAGACCUGUGAGAAGGUCAUGUCUAGAGAAGAUAUUUCCACACUGGUUUCUCUCCUCAAGAGCUUUAUCAGGAGCUGAAGCAGUCAAUGCCUUGAGGCCAUUCUAUUUUGCAGUACAUCCAGAUUUCUUUGGACAGCACCCCAGAGAAAGGGAAGUCAAUGAAAAUUCUCUUAAGAGAUUAAGUGUCUACUUAGAAAACCUCCAGAAACCAGGCUUCAAGUCUUUGAAACCAACUCAGCUUACAUUUUAUGUAAGAGAAACAGAGCAGAAUUCCUCUGAAGGCCAGGAACCCUUUAGCACUUCCGGAUUUCGAGCAGUCAAAUUUACUUUGCACACCAGAGAUCUGCUAAGCACAGUAUUAUAUAUUCUCAACUCCUGCAGUUUAUCUAUUGAACAUAUCCAAAGCUUGAAUACUAAUGUGCAUUCCCAGCCUCUCAAGGAGGCUAAAAGGAUGUCUGACAGGCCCAUCAAGUGGGACAAAUCUUAUUACUACUUUACUGGAUUCAAGGACCCUCAUGAAGACCUCGAACAAGUCUCGAGAAUGGAAACAACGUUAACAUCCUGGCUAGAUAACAAUGGGAAAAGUGCAGUUAAAAAACUGAGGAACAGUUUGCCACUUAGAAGAGAACUAGAUCGUUUAAAAGAUGAUCUGUCUCAGCAGCUGCAGCUCUCAGACAUCAGGUGGCAGAGGAGCUGGGGUAUCGCCCAUCGCUGUAGCCAGCUUCAUAGUUUAGGCCGCUUAGCACAGCAGAACUUGGAAACACUUAAAAAUGCAAAAGGAUGUACAAUAAUAUUUACAGACCGAUCCGGGAUGAGUGCAGUGGGCCAUGUGAUGCUAGGAACAAUGGAUGUCCAUCAUCACUGGACAAAACUUUUUGAAAGGUUACCAAGUUAUUUUGACCUUCAGAGGAGGCUGAUGCUUUUAGAAGACCAAAUAAGCUACCUCCUCGGAGGUAUACAAGUGGUUUAUAUCGAGGAAUUGCAACCAGUAUUGACGCUUGAAGAAUAUUACUCUCUUCUUGAUGUGUUCUAUAAUAGACUGGUGAAAAACAGAAUACCCUUUCACCCUCGAAGUCUGCGUGGUUUACAGAUGAUCCUUAACAGUGACAGAUACGCUCCAAGCUUGCAUGAACUCGGGCACUUUAACAUCCCAAGUCUCUGUGACCCAGCAAACCUCCAGUGGUUUAUCCUUACCAAAGCCCAGCAGGCAAGAGACAACAUGAAAAGAAAAGAAGAGUUAAAGGUUAUUGAAAAUGAAUUGAUACAGGCUUCAACGAAAAAAUUUUCUCUGGAAAAGUUUUAUAAGGAGCCCAGCGUUUCUAGUAUACAAAUGGUGGAUUGUUGUAAGAGACUUCUAGAACAGUCACUGCCUUACCUACAAGGGAUGCACCUCUGCAUUUCACAUUUUUAUUCUGUUCUUCAAGAUGGAGACCUUUGUAUUCCUUGGAAUUGGAAGGAUGGAGAAGCCAUUAAGUAA